AUGGUCUACUGCGGGAAACCCUCAAAGGGCUGUCAGAUGUGUAGGACGAGGAGAAUAAAGUGCGACGAGACAAAACCAACGUGUACUCAAUGCACCAAAUCACGCAGACAAUGUCCUGGAUAUAAGGACGAGUUUGAUCUAAUCUUCCGUAACGAGACGCAAGCUACGGAGCGGCGAGCGCGGAAGGCUAGCAAAAAGGGGCUGGCGAUAAGCACAGGGAAACCAGACUCUACGCCUAGAGACAUGAAGGUGUCCCUGGUAUUUGGUAACACCGCCAUACCAUCCAUAAAGCAAGCGGUCAUUCGUCCGCUCAACAUCCCCAUAGAACAACAAGCUAGUUGUAGCUUCGUCUCUAAUUUCAUCCUAAUGCCCGGAGAAGGAAGCGGGCGAGCUUUCAUGGACUUUAUUAUCCCGCUGCUGAAGGAGCAUCCGCAAGGCCACUUACAAAACGCCUUUAAUGCGUGCUCAAUCGCUUUUCUAAACAACCGAGGAGGCGUGUGUAAUAGGUUUUCGGACAGAGCACUGUAUGAAUAUACGAAGGCGCUUAAUGGGACAAAUGCCGCUUUGAGGAAUCCAAAGACGCAGCUGGCGGAUACGACACUGGCUGCUGUUUUACUGCUGGGCUUAUUCGAGAGUAUUACAGCCAAACAAAUCGGCAUGCUAAACUGGGGUUCACAUACCGAAGGGGCUAUACAACUCGUCAAAGCUCGAGGCAAAAAGCAGUUAAAGACUAAAAUCGGCCUAGGUCUCUUCAUCGCCGUUCGGACCCAAAUGAUUAUCCACAGCCUCACGGCGGGAACAACUCCUAUAAUGGGCGCAGAAUGGUGGAUCGACGACGCGAUCAGGGAUAAAACAGCAGCAUCAUGUCACCGGCUCAUGAUCAAACUAGGAGAGUGCCGAGCCGAAGUAACACGGCUGAUGAACAGCAUGGCGCGAACCCCGUCCAACAUCGAAAUCAUGACGGACAUGCUCCGACGCAUACAGACGGUGGACCAAGAAGUCGUCGCCUGGAUGCGCAACGUGCCCGAAGAAUGGCGCUUCCGCACCGUGACGUGGGAGGACCACGUCCCCAACGGCGACUACUCCAAGGCAGAAGUGUUUCCCGGCCGCGUCGACGUCUACCACGACUUCUGGAUCACCAGCGUGUGGAAUACCUCGCGCACCGCACGUCUGGUCCUGGCCUCCCUCGUCGUGCGCUGCGCCGCUUGGAUCUGCAGCCCGGUUGACUACCGCACGACGCCCGAGUACGCGACCGCGGCGCGCACCUGCGUCGAGACGAUCACCGAUAUCAUCGCGUCGGUGCCGUACCAGCUGGGGUGGCGUCCGGGCGACAAAAACGGCAGACAGCAGUACUAUACGCCUCCUUCUCUCCUUUCCCCCCCGUCUUCCCUUUCCCUUUCCCCUGUCUCUUCCCCUUCCUUUCCCUCUUCCCACUACCAACCCCACUACCAACCUCCAAAUCAACCCCCAAACCAAACCCCCCAAAACGGAUUCCCCUGCGGCUCAGAAUCCUCCCCCAAGGCGCUCGCGGGCUACUUCCUCACGUGGCCGCUGAUAUGCCUGCACAGCCAGGACUACACGACGGACGCGCAGCGGGCGUGGAUCCACGGGCGGCUGCGGUUCAUCGGGGACGAGCUGGGCGUCAAAUACGCGCACGUGCUGCGGCAGCUGCGGAUCCGCAUGCCCAGCAUGCUGAUCCGCCGGGACGCGCUCAUGGCGAAGCAGGCUAGCGGCGCGCGCGCGCAGCAGGAUUACUUGAGGGUGGUGGUGGGGAGGUCGCAGGGGCAGGGGCAGAUGGGUGUGAGUCUAAGUGCGGAUGUAUGCUUGCGGUCUGCUUCGUUUGCGCCGCCGUUGCCGCCGGGGUUGUCGGCGGGUGCGUUUGUUGGACAGGCGGCGUUGAGGGAGAGUUGUGGGAGUGGGAGUGGUGGUGAUAAUGGUGGUGUUGAUGAGGGUGAGGGUGAUGAUGAGAGCGGUCUUAAUAAUGGUAAUGAUGGCCCGUUACAGUAUAUCGAGGCGCUGCGGAAGAAACACUUCGAGCAGCAUCGCGCGGAGCUGUUGGCGCAUGCGGCUGGAGGGCAGGAUGCGGGGGAGAGUCAGAAGUGGGUUGCGCAGCGGUGGUUGGUUGUGUGA